AUGAGUAACGAGAGCCAUCCAUCUCCGACAGGCUCUUCGUCUUCAUCUUUGUUCGGCGGUGGUGGAGGUGUUGGUAGUAAUACUACUUGUGUCAGUGGAUCUUCACCUUAUUCCUCACCAUCCAAGCCAACUUGGGCGCAAAUUAUUACUUCAAAUUCAAAUACACCGUCCAAUACGUCUGCAUCCUCGACCAACACUGUUGCAGCAGCUAACGCUACAGCAACACAAGCAGGAAUUAGCAACAAUAACGGUGGUAGUAAUGCUGUUGGAAACUCACCUUCGUCUUCAUCACCAUCUUCUCAACAUUCGACAACAACGACUUCUGUUGGAGGAGCAACACAAGGAAUGUCAGGGGCAACAGGAACAACAUCGACGACCAGAAGCAUUUCACCGUCUCAAGUGACACCUUCCACCAGUAGUGCAUUUAAUUUUCCAGGCUCACGUUCUGGUUUCGGAUCCAAUUUUUACGAUCAACAAUCACAACAGCAACAAUCUCAAAUGAAUUGGCCUUUAAAUUUCAAUCAAACAGCAUCAUGGAUGAUGGAUGACGAUGCUCAACGACAUUCAAAUCUAGCCGGUUCUUCAUCACAACAAUCACUCGAUUCUAAUCAUAAGACAGCAGGUGGUGGGGAUGGCUUUGAUCGACUUGAAACAUCUAGUCCGACAUCUGACUGGGGUAAGCCGGUGACUUCGAAUAAUUCAACUCAAAAUGGUUGGUCAAAUUUUCAACAACAAACAGUUAGUAACAAUCCGUCCAGAUCGAAUGCAAUUGGAAACAACAAUGCAACCAGCAAUCAAUGGCCGGAAAUGAGCAAUUUCUAUGGUACUAAUUCAUCUAGUAGUGGUGGACCAUUCAAUACUGAAAAUAUGACUAACAACAGUGCAUCAUCAACAUGGCAAGAUCCUUCGUCAUCGAGUACUGCUGCUGACACGCUUACAUUGACAAGUAGUAAUAGUGGUUCGGCGGCAAAUAAGAAUAAAUCUUCAUCGUCUUCAUCGUCGAUGGCUGCUUCGCUGACCGGUGCAUUGAAAUCGGCUAUUGCUCUCGGUGGUGCCAAUGCUGAUCCUUCCAGUGGAAAUGGUGAUCCAACUAUAAACUUUCUUCCACAACCUAAACUUGUCGAACAAUUAGGUUGGGAUGAGCCUGAGAUAAAAGUAGCAAAACGCACUAAUUUCGACGAUGGUACAUCUGUUUGGGGUGAUCCUAUUGAGUCAAUGACUGUUCCAGUGAAAAAGUGGACAAACGGUACUAAAGCAGCUUUAACUAACGCGACUAAUACUACUUUGCCACAGCAGCAAGCAUCUGUUGUACAAAAGCCUAACUUGGGAAAUGUUCAAAAUCCAGCAUCAACGCCAACGGCGGCACAGAUGCCAUUUACCGACGAGAAAUGGUCGAAACAACAAUCGCCAACAUUGCCAGAUCAAUCAGCAGCACGAUGGAAUGACGCAUCUGCAUUGACUGGCCAACGAACUUCAUCGCCAACGCCUCAACAACUACCGAAUUAUCGUACACAACAAUCGGCUCCUAGUGGUAACUGGAAUGCUCAGCCUCAACCUGGAAUGCAACAUGCUUCAAAUGAAUCAUUUAUCGAUGGAUUGGUUGAUACAAGUGGUUGGGGUUUACAAAAUACCCAAAACAAAGCUCCAUUUGAUCCGUAUGAAGGUCAAGUUGAUACGAGUAGUUGGGGCGUAUCAGGUGGAUCCGGCGGUGGUAUGGGUGGUUCAUUAGGCAUGUCAUCAAUGAAUCGACCACGAUUUAUGAAUGAUUAUGAUCUCAGUGAAAAUACUCAUGAUCCUCAUGGUAUGCAUCGUAUGGCUAGUUUUGAUAAUUCAUCGAUGUCUGACCCAUAUCGACAAAGCUCCGAUCUCAAAAAUCCCAUUAUUGGUCUUGGUGGUCUAUUACCUUCAGGAACGAAUGCGCCUCCUCCCCAUCAUAUGUUGCCACCCUCUCAGCUUCAAUUUGCACCACGACCUGGUCCACUCUACCAAUCAAACAGUAUCUUACGACCAAUCAAUCCGACCGGUGUACAAACAUCAUCUGGUGCAAUCAUGGGUACUGGCGGCUUGAUAUCACCAAAAUUGUCGACGACAUCGCCUGUACCAAAUCAAGCACCAUAUGUUCCAUUAGCGGGUAAACAAGGUAAUAUUCCAAUGCAAUCAUCUCAAACGCCAACACCAACGCAACAGCAACAGCAAGGAUCAGGAAAUGUGAACAAUGUUGCCGUUCACGCUCAAAUUAUGCAACAAUUUCGUCUUGCUGUUCAAGCUGGUUUAAUUAGUCAAGAUUUACUCAAUACAAAACUACCACCAUCUAUGUUACAUCUUCUCCAAAAGUUAUUCGAACUUCAACAAAAAUACCAAUCGCUAACUGUUCAAAUCAAUGAUUUCGUCAAACAUAAACAACGCUUUCCAAUUACGUUCUUCCAAACUGAAUAUGAACGCCUAUCCAAAUUAGUGAAUCAGAAACGACAGGAAAUGUUAGUUGUACAAAAACAAAUUCAAGAUGCGCAUGCUAAACUGGUUCAACAGCAAUCAGGUACAUCGACACCAUCGUCAGCACAAAUGAUCAAUAGUGGUCCGGGAGGACAAAAUCAACAAUCAACAGGAGUAUCACUAUCUCACCCUCAAGAUCAAUUAGCUGAUCGAAUGCAGAACUCAUUGAACGUUGAUCAAUCGCGAUUACAUCAAUGGACAAAACAACAAACAACUACACGUACUGCACAGUCAUCCAUGUUCGGGCCAUCUGGUUUAACACAAAAAGAUUGGCAAACAGGUGGAAAUCCAAACGAGAACUGGGAAAGCUCUCAGAUAAAUGAGUCCAGCAAUUCAAAUCCAGUCGGUAAUAUUGACUCUCAUACACAUAAUAAUCAAGGAUCAUCGUCAGCAUUUGGCGAUCCGUUAUCUGAAUUUGUCGAUGAUACCGAUGGGCCACCGCCAUUCGUACCUGGACAAUUAUGGAAUUGGAAAUCAUCGUUACCGAAUGCAGAUGAUGAUCCACAUGUGACACCGAAUUCACUGAUUAUCGGUCCUAAAGGAUCAUCAUCAUCGAUGGGUAAUCUCAGUGUUGGUGGAGGAGAGAGUGCUUUUUCAAAUCCUCAAUUACUUCAUCAUAUGUCACGACAACCACAAGCAAAUCGAUCCCAGUGGCAACAAGGAUCAUUACAAGACCAGCAAGGUUUCCAUCCUUCCAUGAAUGAUUGGGGUAAAUCACAACAAUAUCGAGGUCCAUCAAAACCACCAUCAUCGCUCAAUCAUCCACCACAACAUGCGUCUUUCGGCAACUAUCGACCAUAUAUGUAG